UUGUUUAGUUGAAGUUGAACUUUUAAUGAGAAAACAUUGAUAAUUUAUCUUAACUGUAAUUCCAAUGUGCUGAUUUGACCAUUUGGUCAACAACAGAAAAGAAAAGGACAAUGAUUAUUGUUAAAAUUAAUUCUCACAACUGUUAAUCACUUAUUACGAUUGUGAUCAACAAUUAAUUUCUAUUAGUGGUUCAAAUGAUUUACUCUCGUUAUUGAGAAGAAGACAAAAAACAACAAUGGUUUUAAUUGAUUCUCAUAAGCCAAUUUGUGGAUUUACCAAUUCGAAAGUGUAUUCAUCAUCAUCAUCAUCAUUAUCUUCACCAUCAACAUCAUUUCAUGGUGAUUAUUAUACCAUGAGAAGUGUUAAUUGUGCAAAUAGAUCAAUAUUUAAACCAGUUAAUUGUUCAAUAUCUUAUUAUAUGAAUUGGAUUGUAAAUAUUUUGUUAAAAGUGAUCAUAUGUUUCAUUUUGAUACCGAUUAUCAUCUUACCUUUAUCAUCAUCAUCAUCAUCUCUAGUCCAGUCAAAACGACAACCUCCAGGAAUCAACUUAAUGAAAGGCCCAUGGUUUGAAGAGGAACCAAGUGAUACUUUAAUUGUUAAUCAACCAGUUAGUCUUAAGUGUAAAGUCCAUGAUGUUUUAUCUGCCCAAUUUCACUGUAAUCAUGGUCAUGAAGAGGAUAUAAGGAAACGGACAACAAGCCAGAAUUACGUUGACCCUGAAACUGGACAGUUAAUUUUUGAAUUAACACUCAAUGUGAAUAAAAGUGAUAUUGAUUAUUUUACAAAUUCUUUGGCUUCGAUAACCGCUGAUAAUUCAGAUCAUCAUGGAUUAUUAAGUGAUGAAAUGUUACCCUCAUCAUCAUCAUCAUCAUUUGAUCAUCUUCUUAAUCUUCAUCAUUCUGAUCAUUCAUCAGAUAAAUUAGUAUAUAAAUGUUGGUGCACUGCUUUUGGUGGAGCAUCAAGAGUAAACAUUGACAGUCGCAAGGCCUCAGUACAAUUUUCAUGUUUCAAUUGUGAUGAUGAUUCAGCCGAAAUACCAAAUUGCUACAAAAUUUGUGGUCCCGUUGACGGUCAAUGGUCUCCUUGGACAUCUUGGUCAACUUGUUCCCAUGAUUGUCAGCAGUUUCGUCAUCGUACCUGUACAAAUCCUCCAGCCAAAUAUGGUGGACGAGACUGUCCUGGUCCUGAAUCACAUGUGAAAAACUGUACUGGUGGAUUGUGUCGUAAAUUAGGUGAAUUUCAAUUAACUCGGUCAGAAGAGGAUUCACAACUUCAAUAUCCUAAAUCAAGUUCAGCAUCUCCAUCUGAUGACCGGAAACCGGAAAUAUACAUCUUAUGCUUCGUGAUUGCCAUUUCAACAGCUCUUAUAUGUUUAGCUGUUUUCAUUUACGUCCUAAUGAGCCAACGUCGAUACAAACAACCUGGAAGUAUGAUUGGUGAUGAUGGAGGAUGCGAGGAAGAUGGACAGACAAUGUUACUAUUGAUGCAACAACAGAAACAACAAAAUCAACAACAACAACUACAACAACAAUUUAAUCUCACACCACAACAUACUCAACAAGCUCAGCAAUCAUCACAAUCUGAAUAUAUUUACUCAAAUGAAAGUAUAAUUCCUAAUUCAGUCAGUCCGGAGGAGAAGAUGCAUUUAAUUAGUAGAUUGAAUGCUUAUAAUGGUAACAUAAUUGAUCACCUAGUUGUCCGUCGAGAUGCCUUACGGGCAAAUUGUCCAACCAUUGAGACAACCAGCCUUAAUCAAACACCGAGCCAUCAUUCAAUUUCAAGCCAAUUGGGACAUCAGUCAAUUGGACAACAACAACAACAACAACAACAACACCAGCAAACAAUGUACGUUACAAGAUCUUCACCAUCUCCAGCAAGUUGUUGUAAUACCAACUCAUCAACUCCCCGCCUUGGUAAAAUGUCUUCCCGUUCUGGUGCAACACCGCCUUCAUCCUCUUCAGGCAAUACAACGGUCACUGCGACAAGUGAAGACGAAAAUUAUUAUGAAAGUGAAGCAGAUUAUGCCGAACCUUUUGUCUCAAAUUUUUCACUUUUCACUCCAGAAAGGAAACCACCUCUUCCUUCAACACGUCCUCCGUCCGCUCGAACCGAUGACCAUGCGUCUGAAAAUAAUUUAAUUCGUGCCAAUAACGAUAAUCGUCCACAACAACAACAACAACAGCAACAAUCAACGGAACCCUCUUUUCUUGGAGAAACGUUAUUCCUUAGAUCAGCAACAAAAUGGCGAUGAUAAUGUUACCCUGAAAGAAAACAACAAGAGUUGAUUAGAACAAAGGAAACAACAGUUACUAAACCAUUUAAUAAAUCAUUGUAAUUAAUCCAGUAAAAGAGAUAAUUUAACACAGGACAAAAUGGACACCUGAAAAUGUUGAAAUCAAAUGUUAAAUAUUAAUGAUAAAUAGAAAAGAUAGAAAACAAUUAAGAUUCUCAUUCAUUAUAAUCUUCCCUUUUUUAUAUGUACGUUAAAUUAUCUUUAACUUCACCAUUUUCACCUUCACUUUCAAUUCUUAAUGAUCAACAAUUUAUUUGUUAAUUUUUAAACUUACAUUUGUUUGUCCCAUGUAAAGAAAUAAAAAAAAACAAUCACCUACAAAUCCAUUGUCUUCAUAAUCUUCAGCCAUGAUCAUUGGUUUUCCCUCCAAUUUUUUAUCACUCAAUUUGGCACAAUUCGUUUCUUUUUCACAAUUAAACAGACAACCAUCAUCGCCACCAUCAUGGUAAAUUAUCAUCUGUACACAUCACCAAGUUGAACAAUUAAAAAAAAAACAAACAAAAUAUUAAACCAAAUUUGACUCACAUGAAAUUGUUGAAACACAAAAAGAGUAAUAAAAAUGUAAAAAUAAUCACCAAUUUGGAGGAAAACAAACAAACGGGUUAAACUAAAGAUAAACUAAAAGCCUUAAAAGGACCAAGUUAACUCAGAAUCUACAAUCAAAUGGACAGUAAUGUAAUAAGAAUAAAAAAAAGAAAUAAAAUUAAUCUAAAUUAAUCUAA